GGGAGCUCCGGCCUCGCGGGGGGCGGCGGCCGUGCGGGGCGGCGGAGCCCGAGGGGCAGGGCGAGCCGGGCCGAGCCGGGCCGGGAGCCGCCAUGGCGGGGAGUCAAGACAUGUUCGACGCCAUCGUGAUGGCGGACGAAAGGUUUCACGGGGAAGGCUACCAGGAAGGCUACGAAGAAGGCAACAGUUUGGGUAUAAUCGAAGGAAGACAGUAUGGCACGUUGCAUGGAGCCAGAAUUGGAUCUGAGAUUGGGUGCUAUCAAGGCUUCGCUUUCGCUUGGAGAUGCCUCUUGCACGACUGUGCCGCAGAGAAAGACAGCAAAAAGAUGAAGGCCUUAGAGUCGUUGCUUGGGAUGAUUCAGAAGUUCCCUUACGAUGACCCCACUUACGAUAAACUUCACGAGGACUUAGACAAAAUUAGAGGGAAAUUUAAACAGCUUUGUUCAUUACUAAACGUUCAGCCAGACUUUAAAAUUAGUGUGGAAGGUUCUGGACUUUCGUUUUGAGGAUGACAGAUGAACAAAGACGAAACCUCAAGGAACAGAUGUCCGUAUGUUAAGUGUGUAAAAAUGUGAUUCAAGGCAAAACAAUGAUGGAGUAGUCAUUGUUCUGCGGGGAGGGUUCCAGUUUGGUCGGUGAAAGGGCUUCCUCCUCCCUGGGGGCUGCCUGUGUCGCCUGGGUGCCCCCCGCGGCCCCUCCACACAGGCCUGGCCUUUGUUGGGCCCUGUCUGCUGUGCAGUGUGAGUGCACGCCCGCCAGGGCCCUCGUGAGGCCACUCGCUCCCGCUCCAGGGUCACUGGCCCGGGGUCCUUUCGGCUGGACAGGCCUGGCCGGUUCUAGAGUGGGGGCAGCUCUGGCUAGGAUUUCCCCUGCCCCGAGCCUGGACUCGGAGCUCAGAAGAACAGUUUUUUAGGAACUGAGAACGUGGGCUUGAUGUGAGGCGAGGUGGUGGGCAGUGUGCUGGGACUGACAUUGGUGGACCCCGAGGAUGUGCCGGCGCUGGGUGAUGGGCUUCCCUGUUCUGUGUAAUCCCUCCAGUGUUCCCACUUUACAGAUGAGGAAACCGAGACCCGCGGGGACCGCCCGGUGCAAGGGCAUCGGCAGCAGAGCUCGGACUCCGAUCCCGCGCCCGCCUGUCACCGCAGCUUGCUCUGCCUGCUCUGGAACGCACGGUCACAGCCAUGGAGUGGGCGGCUGCUCCCAGGCCCAGGGUGUGCGGGUCCCCACUGCGGUCCAUGGAGCCACGGGGAGUCCCUGUGGCCCGCUGACACGGCCUCUGGCCGAGAGGGGCUUCAGAGGGAGCCCAGACACGCUCUUUGCACUGUCUCCAGAUGGGGCCGGUGUCUGCAGCAUUAAGACAGUUAAGGGGGCUGUACUGUAGGCUCACGACGGAAGGUUGGGCUGCUGUGGUCUCUGCAGACUGGGGGAGCCUUGCGUUGAGAACACUGCGUUUCCCCUGUGACGCAACUUCUCUCGUCUCUGCCCGCACUUCGCAAGCAUCUGUAUCCAGGGGAGGUAUGGGUGGGGGGGGGACGGGGGUUCCGUCAGUGGUUCUGGGGUGUCCCUCUCCCCGGCCCAUGCCCUCCGGGGGACGCCCUCAACAUUGCUGGCAGGUCCGCCUGCUUCUCUCUGAGGCAGCGUGUCUGAAAGUCAGGCAUGAGGUGAAUAAAGGGGUAACCAUGAAUCUGUUCCAGUUUUUAACAUCAUUCUGGAACAUUCCAGCGAUUGCUGCUUUGCCGGACAAGCUGGUGGUCCUGAGCAUGUGCCGGAGACUCCAGGCUGGGGCCCCCGCAGGAGCGGGGGUGGGUGUUUGUUUCCCUCUCCUUCGGUUCCCCUGGCCAGUGCGCCGAGGAAGAGACUGGGGCUUGAUCCUGCCAUGCUGGCAUGUGCGUCCCUGGCCAUGGCCCUCGACUCGGUCCCCGCUGAGUUCCUGAGAGCUGGUGUGCUUACGGCUGUAGACAGUGCCUGACCCCUGGCCGGGUCCUGUGGCCACAAAGGCCAGCUGCGGGUGUCCCUCGCCAGUGGGAUGGGCCAGGGGGUGGGGUGGGGCAACUGUGGUGGUUUUCCUUGGUGGGUGGUUGUGUUUUCUAAGUUCUCUGUUGUGGUGAUAAGUGGAGAGAAAAAUAAAUAGCCCAUUUUAAAGCAAAAA